AUGGCACUGUGGAUUGCACAAGAUGCAUCACACUGUCUAUUGUGCGAAGAGACAACUGAGUCCCAUCAGAUCCAACAUCAUCUUCAAUGGGUAUGGCAUGCCUGUAAGUGCUUAGUGUCAGCUUAGGACUUGGCGACAGUACGAUGUUGAGCUCGAAUAUCAAACGUCGACCAUCUGCAGUUAUAUGCUCUUCAUUGUCUUCCGGUGAGACAAACUUGAAAAGAUUUAAGGACUUCUGGUUUAAACCACCGUUGGUCAUCGUUGUUUUUUAUUGGAACAAAGCUUCACUGUUGAAGCUCUAAGCAACACGUAUGGAUUAAUGGAUAAUUUAACGGCAAAAAUAGAGUUAAGAUUUGGUUCUUAAUUGGCCGAUUAUCGUCUGGGAUGAAUUGUUGUUGACCUUGGCAGCAAAUAUGGACAUGAGUGACGUUUGUAAAGGCUAAAACUAGCUUGUGUUUCUCAUUGUUUGAGAUUGCAAGCGGAAAGCUUUGUGUUUCACCGAAAACAAUAGCGAACUUAAGAUUCUACAAUAUUUAUAUUCUUCCGAACCAGAUUUUUUCGACUACGAUCAUGGGGAUUUAAAAGUUUUGACGUACAAAAAAUGACAUCUUUGUACAGCUAACUAUAGGUAAGUACCUGUACAGUUUCAGUUAAAAUUAACAUGCGUAUAUAUAAUCAUGGCAUGUGAAAAGCAAGAAAAGGGAGUACCAGUUGAAACAAUAACCCGAUCACCCAUCAAGUUGCAAGGAGUCGACCUUCCAAAGUUUUCUGGAGAGGAUAAAACCAAUUAUGAGCCCUGGAAGGCAGCAUUUAUGGCAAUGGUUGAUGGGCAGAACAUUCCAGUUGGUGAAAAAAUGCUCAGGUUACAAAGCUGUUUAGCUGGUAAAGCACUGACCUUGGUGAAAGAUUUGGGAUAUCCAAGCGCUGCAUAUGAACGAGCAAAGUCGAAGUUAGAGAAGAGGUAUGGGGGAGAGAGGCGACAACAAAUAAAGCAGCUUACAACUUUGCGUAAUUGGCCUAAGGUUCGGUCCCACAAUUUACAAGACUUGGAAGAAUUUCAAGCCCUACUAGAGAGAAUUUUAGAAUCACUAUCAACAACUGUGGAUCCUUACAAGAUCAAAGCCUGAACUUAUCAGCAAAAUAAAAGCUAACCGAACGGGAUGUUCAAGUGUAUAAAUACUGGUUGAUAGACUAUGCUCGAGAAGAUUGCUUCGAAUCGCUGGUAGACUGGGUGGAACUCCGAGUGCAAGUCAUUGGGGAAGUGAGAGAGGAGACUGAGGGAUUUGGUAAAAAGAAUGAGGAACGGGGUAACAAGAAUCAUGAUGAACGACCGCGUUUCCGAGGAUUCAACACACGAUUUUCAACCAGACAUUGUAUUGUUAACACAUGCAAACAAGACCAUCCACCAUGGCUUUGUGAUGCUUUCAAGAGACUCCCUGUACAGAAGAGAAAGGAAUUAAUUUCAAAAAGCAGCCGUUGUUAUCGGUGCCUGGCAACUGGGCAUCACAGCAAAGAUUGUCGUAAAGCAAGAAAAUGUGGAGUUGACGGAUGCCAGAGCAACAAUCAUAGCAGUUAUCUUCAUGAAAGCACCCCACAGAAUGGAAACACAAAUGCUAGACAGCAGUUAGAACCAGAGGCACCAACCUUCUAUCCAAGACAGCCACCAGCCCAAGAAGCAAGAACCAAACAGUCUGGCAUCUGA